AUGGAAGCCGAGUUUCGGGAAAUCGAUGACAACAGGAUUUGGAGCGCCAUUUACCAGGAGGUCCGUCAACAGUCAUGUGAACUGCCCUGCAAGGUGGCCAAACUACAAGAAAACAAGAGUCGGAACCGCUAUCGGGAUGUGAGCCCAUUUGACCACAGUAGAAUAUGUCUGCAGCAAAGUGCCAAUGACUACAUUAAUGCCAGCCUAAUAACUGUGGAAGAGGCGCAGAGGAACUAUAUCCUUACUCAGGGACCCCUACCCAACACAUGUGGUCACUUCUGGGAGAUGGUGUGGGAGCAGCGGUGUUGCGGUGUUGUGAUGCUCAACAGAGUAAUCGAAAAAGGAUCUGUCAAGUGCGCACAAUAUUGGCCCCACAGAGAAGAGAGGGAUGCUAUCUUUGAGGACACCAACUUCAAGCUCACCUUUGUUUCUGAAGACAUCAAAUCGUACUACACAGUUCGUCAUCUUGAGCUGGAAAAUCUUUCUACACUCGAGACACGUGAAAUCUUACAUUUUCACUACACCACCUGGCCUGACUUUGGGGUGCCUGAGUCUCCGGCUUCCUUCCUUAAUUUCUUGUUCAAAGUUCGGGAGUCGGGUUGUAUGAAUUCGGACCGGGGGCCAGUAGUGGUGCACUGCAGCGCUGGCAUCGGACGCUCUGGAACCUUCUGUUUGGUGGACACCUGCCUAUUACUGAUGUCUCUCCGCAAGGACCCAUCGUCUGUGCGUAUCCGCGAUGUUCUACUCGAGAUGCGCCGCCAUCGCAUGGGGUUGAUUCAGACGGCUGAUCAACUACGCUUCUCCUACCUUGCGGUCAUUGAAGGUGCUAAAUACCUCAAAGGAGACUUGUCAUUGCAGGAGUCAUGGAGGGAGUUCUCAAAUGAGGAAGAUAAUCCCCCUGAAUUUACUCCUCCCCCUCCACUCCCCCCUCCAAGAGAUCCUCAAAAUGGCAAAGUUGAGCCAUUGUUUUUUCCCGAGUUUCGGUCGUCUGAAGACCAUGAGCUGCGAAGAAGAACUGCAGUAAACCCGCUACCACCUCCUGGUGGUCACGAGGAACCCCAAGGUUCGACCCCCCAAACUGAAAUCAAAACCCAUCCUCAGCAGGAUGUGGAGCAACAUCAAGCAAAGGACACCCCCAUUCACCAGUUAGUGGAAACGCCUGCCGAGCCUUACAAUUGGUCUCCCCUUUUGGCCAACGUGUGCCUGUGCACGGGGCUGGCGCUCAGUGCUUAUGUUUGCUAUCGAGCCUUUUACCACUGA